GGCGGACCGGGGCGGUUCCCACCCGUUGUCGGUACGGCGGCUCCGCGGCCGUGCGGUGCGUCCGUCCCCGCGUCCGCCUCCUCUCCCUAUUGCCGUUGGUGGGGUCCGGGCCAUCCCGUGCGGUUCCCGACUCCCCCUUCCCCCGUUCCGUGCCGCGUGAGAUCGGGGCGGCCCGGUGCCGCCCGGUGCCACGUGGGCCGGCGGCCGUUCCCCACCCGCAGCGCUUCCUUCGCGUCUCCGGUCCGUGUUGGGUUCCUGCGGUGCCAUCGGCCCAAAUGGGGCCGUGGAGGAGCGUUGGGGCCGGUCGGGUUCGGUGCCGUCAGCCCCAUCUCGUGGCGCGGCGCCGCGUCCGUCCCGGUGCCGGCAGUGCUGUGGGAGCCGCUUUCUCCCUCUCUAACUUUAGCACCCGCAGCUGCGGUGCAACGGGAGCUCCUCGCCGCGUGGUAUAAAUACAUCUGCGUGCUGCCCAAAAUACACCGGGCGCGGUGACACCCCCGCCGUGCCGGGUUGGAACCGGUGCAGCUCCGCGGUGCUGCCGUGCCGGGGCUGUGGAGCUGCUCCGUGGCCCCGGGUUCCUCUGCUGCCUUCCCCUUUUGUGCUUUGGGGUUUCCUGAACGGCUGCUUUCAUGCCCGGCGGUGUCAGCCCUGUGCCUUCCUCCCACCCCUGCUCCCGCUGCUUCCAAAGCACAAAUGGGCGCAGGGUGUGUUUUGGGCACUGUGGGCCCAGGGGGGGCUCAGUGCUGACCCUGACUGCCACCCCGUGCCUCGCAGGGCUGUGCCGGCGCCCCCAGCCCCAGAUGAGGGACGGAGGAUCCCAGGGACGGGGAUUGGGCCCCACACCUUCAGUCCCAUGCGGGGUCUGUGGGUGCAGGCGCUGAGCACACGGGGAGCUGUGCAGGGUUGCUGGGCCACGGCUGCUUCCUGUGCCCAGCACAGCUCUCACGAUGCCCUCGGGUGGCCCCACGCUCAGCUCCUGGCUCAAAGUGCAGCUCUGGGUGUGGAGCAGCGCUGUGUCACAGCCCUCCUCCACUCCACGCUUCCUUGUCCGUCCCAGCUCCUGUCCUGCCCUGGCACCCAGCAGCCUCUCCUUCCUGGUGCCUCCAGCAGAGGCAGCUCUGGGACCCCCUUCCCUUGGUGCUGCUCAGAGCCCUCUCAUCCAUUGCCCUGCGCUGGGACGCGGUGGUGCUGCUGGGUUCCAGCUGUGCCCGUGAGGUCUCUCUCACAGGUGGGUGACGUCCCCUGCCCUCCUGGCUCUGCGGUUGCUCCUUCUGGCUCUGUCCCUCUGGGCUGUGCCAUGGGGGUGGCUGUGCACAAGGCCUGAUGGCCAGGCUCCAUGCCCAUCCCCAUAUCAGUGUGGCAGCAGCAUUUCCUUUGCCCUUGCCCUCACCCUCAUCUGUACCCGGGGUCAUGAUGUGUGACUCAUGGUGUGGGAGCUGUGGCUCUCAGUCCCUCCCCACGGAAGCACCCAUGGAGCGGUGCCACCCCCAGAGCUGCCUGCAGGAGGUUGGGUGCAGCAUGGGGCUGCGCUGAGGCAGGAGCAGUGGUGGGGAGGUGCUGGGGUGGUGCUGGGAUAGCACUGGCGUGGCGUCAGAAUGGUGCUGGGAUGUACAGGGGUGGUUGUAGGGUGGUGCUGGCAUAGUGCUGGAGGGGUGCUGAAAUGGUGCCUGGAUGGUUCUGGAGUGGUACCAGAACAGUGCUGGGGUGGUGCUGUGAUGGUGCCAGAUGGUGCUGGGAUGGUGCUGCUGCCCCUUCCCUGUGCUGAAUGCACUCCCCACAGCCCAGCAGCAUGGAGUGUGUGGCCCUGCUUGCUGCCCGCUGCCCCGUGCCUGCACGGCACCGCACAGCCAUUGGAUCGGGCCGGGCCUGCGGGGCAUCACAGCGCUGCCCCUGAGCCGUGCCCCUCCUGCGUCCCCAUGGAGAGGAUGAGCUGGCUGAGCAAACUGACCCCGCGCGGGGUUGGGCAGCGUGCUGCCCGUAGCGCCAGCCUGCAGAGCCCCGUCACCGCCGACCCCGAGACCUGCUUGAUGGUCUUCAAGAACCACUGGGCGCAGGUGCUGCGCAUCCUGGAGCGCCGCGGCUGCACCCCAGCCCCCGACGACCUGAGCGCAGUGCGGAACAACACCUACCAGCUGCUCAACCUGCUGGCCGAGGACCGGCCGCGCGGCGAGGCCAACGCGGGGCCCAUCCUGGAGUUUGUGGUAGCUGAAAAUCUGCUGGAGCGGCUGCUGGGCUGGCACCUGCAGGGCGACUUUGGCGAGGAGCGCAAGGUGGAGCAGCUGAAGCUGUAUGAGAUGCUCAUCAGCCAGGCCCGGCAGCCCCUCCUGCGGCACCGUGCCGUGCUCACGCCGCUGCUGCGCCUGCUCAGCCUCUGCGCCGAGCCCAGCUCCGCACCACUGGAGAACAGCCUGGUGCUGCUGCUCAACCAGCUCUGCGUCUCGGUGGCCAAAGAGCCCGCCAUCCUGGAGCUCUUCUUUCACAGCCACACCGACCAGGGUCCCGCCAACCUCAUCAUCUUCUCCCUCCUCAUCCCUUUCAUCCACCACGAGGGCGUGCUGGGGCAGCAGGCCCGCGAUGCGCUGCUGCUCAUCAUGGCCAUGUCAGCCAGCAACCACGCCGUCGCCAAGUCCAUCACCGACAAUUCCUACUUCUGCCCGGUCUUGGCCACGGGGCUGAGUGCGCUGUACUCCUCGCUGCCCCGCAAGAUCGAGGUGCGCGGGGACGACUGGCACUGCCUGCGCCGCGAGGACUGGAUCGGGGUCUCCUCCCUUGUGCUCUUCAUGAACUCAUUGGAAUUCUGUAACGCCGUCAUCCAGGUUGCCCACCCACUGGUGCAGAAGCAGUUGGUGGAUUACGUGCACAACGGGUUCCUGGUGCCCGUCAUGGGACCGGCACUGCACAAGACCUCCAUCGAGGAGAUGAUUGCCAGCACCGCCUACCUGGACCUGUUCCUGCGCAGCGUCAGUGAGACGGCUCUGCUGAAAACCUUCCUGCGCUUUGUGCUGCUGCACCGGCACGACAACACCACCAUCCUCGACACGCUUGUCAGCCGCAUCAACAGCAACUCGCGGCUCUGCAUGGUGUCCCUGAGCCUCUUCCGGACGCUGCUCAGUCUCAACUGUGAGGACGUGAUGCUGCAGCUGGUGCUUAGGUACCUGCUGCCCUGCAGCCACGUCAUGCUGAGCCAGAAGCGGGCGGUGCGGGACCUGGACAUCUAUGGCAAGACAGCCGCCAAGUUCCUCUCGCUCAUCCCACGCUGCUGCCGCCCUGAGAAUGUACCACUGCCAGAGCGGGACGAGGAGCACACGGCAUGGGCAAAGGGGCAGAGCAGCCCCAGCGUGGACGUGUCCUCAGCAGUGCCGGUGCCGCGGCCCUCCACGCCAUCACGUCUCGCUUUCUUCAUGAGGCAGCAGAGUGGCGGUCCAGAGGCAGCCGGCACAGCGCCGCGCUCCCCCGGCACACCAAGUGGCAGCCCUGCACACCGGGCUGCCCGCUGGGAGGAGGUGGCAGAGCUGGACAGGAACUACCUGGAGUACCUGCGUGAUGCGCGCCGCAGCAUCGACCGCUGUGCAUGGGCGUGCCGCGUCUGGUCAGCCCCCUAUGAUGGCGAGGAGCCUGCGGCCCCUGGAACCACCCCCGACGUGACCCCUCUGCCUGACAGCACCCCAGGGCCCCCCACCCCGCGGACUAAGAAGCGGGGGUUGCCUGAGGAGGGAGCAGGGAGGGCUCCCAGCCCCAGUGAGCCCCACGCUGUGGGGCCCAGCCCUGAUGCACGGGACUUGGGGGCACUGGUGAAUGGGGCGCAUGGGCACACGGAGCCAGGGCGGCCCGAGGGGGACGUGGUGGUGAAGAAAGUGCGCAGGAGUCCGCGAGGCGAGGGGCUGGCACACAACGGGGCCCGGGCGCAGGCUGCGGGCUGGGAGCCCCCACGCUCGGUGGACUCACUGCUGGAGGAGCUGCUGGCCAAGGCACCAGCUGAACCCAACGGGGCGGGUGUCAGUAUUGAGGCCUUCACCCAGGAGCUGCGAGAGAUUGAGGCCGAGAUGGAGAACGGGGCCAGGGCUGAGCCGCCUGCCGUGCCUGAGCCACUGCUGUCCCGUGAGGAGGAGGAGGCCUACGCCAGCUUUGCCACUCUGCCUGAGGGCGAGGAGGCACCGGGCCGUGUGCGGGCACUGGACCCGCUGGCACAGGCCGUGGCCAGCCCACCACGCACUGUAGGACCACCUCACAGCCAACCCUUCACAGGGCCCUUCAUGACGGUGCUCUUUGGUAAGCUGGAGAACAUGCUGCACAACUCCCUCUACGUGAACUUCCUGCUGACGGGGCUGGUGGCCCAGCUGGCCUGCUACCCACAGCCGCUGCUGCGCUCCUUCCUGCUCAACACCAACAUGGUCUUCCAGCCCAGCGUCAAAUCGUUGCUGCAGGUGCUUGGCUCGGUGAAGAACAAGAUCGAAAGCUUUGCUGCCAGUCAGGAGGACUUCCCCACGCUGCUCUUCAAGGCCAAGAAGUACCUGAUUGCUCGUGGCAAGCUGGACUGGGCUGAUGCACCAGGUGUCAUGCCGGCGCUGCGCCGCUCAGAGACGUUGGCCCGCAGCCGGAAACCGUCGCUGGGCGAGCUGAUCCUGCGGCACACCAACAGCCCGACGCGGGCACGGCAGGCGGCACAGCUGGCGCUGCAGCAGGUGCGGGACGGGCCGGUGCUGCAGGCGCUGGCGGGAGCCACGCUGUUCCGCGGCUCGGCCGAGAAGCAGAGCGAGGCGCUGCGGGUCAAGAACGCCGUGUACUGCGCCGUCAUCUUCAGCGAGUUCCUGAAGGAGCUGGCGGCCAUCGCCCAGGCGCACGCUGUCACCUCCCCCUUCCUCUCCGAGCCGCCCGAGGAGUGACCCUGGUGGCUGCUUUUUAACUGCGCGCGGGGCACGGACCUUUUUAAUUUAUUUGGGAUGAAUGUUCUGCCGGGAGCUGGCCCUGGGCGGCCGCGGGGAUACGUGGGGACGGCAGGGCCGGACGGUGCCACCUGGCGUGGGGCGGGCUGGCUCUGCCCCCUGCCGCCCCCGUGGCCCCAAUGUCACCCUCCACCCACCCGCUCCUCUCUAUGCAAUGCCCCGCUCCGUGGGGUGGCUGUGGGGCAGGGUGGGGGCGCGGGGCCGGGUGGUGCAUGGGGGGCCGGUGUGUCUGUGCUGUGUAUAAGCCCUUCUGUAAUAAAGGGUCUGGUUGAGGGCA